GGUAUCGUGAACAAGUGAGGUCUACGGGCACUCCGUGCUUAAAGGAAAUGUGUUUUUAAUCGAUUCCCUUAAGUUUCGAAUCCGAUCUUAUUCAUUCAUUAUCGCACUAAAUACUCAUUCGUCCUGCAGUUAUAUUUUGAGAUUUUAAGUGAACGAUAUUAAUAUAUGUGUGACAUUGCCUAUUGUUGAUAUGGCUAUUGCUGAUGUCGUCACAGACUCAGAGGCUUUGUUUACCACACAGACGUUGGUGUGUCCUGCGUCACCACUAAUGUUUCUUGUGCGUUAUUUAGCUUCUAGUUCAUGGUUAUUGUUCAAAUUUUAUUGUUAUCGUUGGCAAGAUGGGCUAUACAUGUGUCCUCUCUGGGUGUGGUAAGAAGUCAGCCCCGGGAGUACAACUUUUUCAGUUCCCAAAAGAUCCUGCAACACGUCAAGAGUGGACACUGUUCGUCAGCAAAACCAGACAUGCCAACUGGAAAGGACCUUCGUAUUACAGCAGGCUUUGUAGUGAUCAUUUUGUCGCGUCAGACUACAAAAAUUAUAUGGAGUGGAACACGGGGUGGACAACAAAACUAAUUUUACUUCCGUAUCAAGUACCAACCCGGUACCCAAAAGGAAUAACUUCAAAUCUUGUAUCAUCAUCUAGACACGGCAUAAAAAUUGCCAGGCAUUCCAAUGACAGCUGCUCAGAACACACCUCCCCAACCCUGGUAGUGUCAACUGCUAAAACUGGUAGAAAAAUUGUUAGGCAACCCAGUGACAGCUACCCAGAACACACGUCACCCUUGACGGUGUCAACACCUGUCCUGGGACGUGACCCCUUAGCACCCUCAAAUCCAUCCACUUGUAAGCGACCUAGAGGAAGACCAAGAGGAAGACCAAGAGGAAGGACAAGAGGAAGACCAAGAGGAAGACCUAAGUCGGCAUUUAGGAGGAGGGAGAUAAGUAGGAUACAGCAAAACAUGCAGAGCCUAGACCAUACCUCCAUCAUUUCUGAUCAAGGAUGGCAGAUGUUUGGUGUGCCAGUCAAGGAAGAAAAGGAAAGCAGAGAUGAGACACCAGAACAAAUCCUAGAGUGUGAUGUUGUUGUGAAAGAAGAAGAAGUGGACUGUGAUGAGAUUUUAUCAAAAGAAAAAUUAAAUGAAGAUGUAUUGGAGAGGGAAAAAAACCUGGGUAGUUGUUCAGACAUGAAGGAAGCAAACUUAGACAGUGACAGAUUUAGAGAAGGACUCAUUGUGGAAUGUGAUGUAAUUAUGAGGGAAGGUGAUGGCUUAGGCCUAUAUGUGAAGGAGAGUGGAGAAAAUAGUGACUUACAUGUAAUAGAAGAGACGAAUGACAGUUGUGCUGAUACAAAAGUAUACAAAAUCGUCAAUGAAAGAACUAUGAGAAGAGGCAUCACAAGUGAUACAGAGAAAAGUGAUCCUCUCUCUACUUUUGUACAGGAUGGACUGCUGUGAUUUUGAAGGUUUUAUGUUAGUGUACAGUACCAGCAUAUGUGGUACAGUAGUACUGUAUUGUGAUACCGGGUAUUUUAAAAAUAUCAUUAUGUUAAAUACUGUAAUCUGUAUUAUUAUUUUGUUCUUGUUUGUAAGUAUCAUUUUAGUUUAUUUCAUUGUUAGGAUAAAACCACCAUGUUAUAUUAUGUUCAUUGUUGUUUCCUCUUUGAAUUAUUACAACAUUUGCUUUUGUGUUAUUUCAAAUAUGUAAUGAAAUGAAUCAAGUAAAGCUUGGAUGUACCAA